AUGAGCGAAGAAAAUUAAUUGAAUGAUGAUAAAAACUAAAACAGAAAUAAUCUCGAGAAAAUUAUAAAGUUAGAUAAAAAGAAUGGGAAUUUUGAUAUUUAUGAUAAGUAUUCUAAACGGAAACUGAAAAUUAGAACCUCUUAGAAUAAUUCACACAUCAACAGUUCAUAUUAAAAUGAAUACAUUUUAUGUUAUUUUUGGAGACACAUCAAUUAAGUAUACUUCAAGAAAAUUGAUGAACCAGAAUAAGAGCGACUUGAGUAUCUCAAGGCUAUAAAUGAAGACGUCUUAUAUACUGAAUUUCCUGUGAAAUAUACAGAUUAUAAGUUUUAUUAAGCCAGGCAAAUCUUAAAUAAGUAGCAAUUGAAAUCAGAAAAUUCUACUUAUAAUGAAAAUAUUUUAAAGCAUAUUAGAUUAAGUGGACUUAUUCACAAAGCCAAAGAUUUAAAAAUACCUCAGAUUGAUAAAAUAUAUUAUAUGAAAUAGAAAUCCAUGGUCAAAUUUAAAUAAUAAUAAAACAUUAGUUCGUUAAUUUAAGAAAAUGCUUAAUUAGACAAAUUAUUGGAUAAGUUGAAUGAAUAAAUAGAAUUAAGAACUGAUUAAAAGGAUGAAAUAUUUCAAUAGCUUUAAGAGUAUUCUUCAGAAUUAUAGCUAAUCAACAAAUAAAAUAAAAAAGAUUUAUAAAAUUUAAAUUAAAAAAUUAAGUCAGACUAACCAUUAAACGUCUUUGGCACUUAGGUUCAUAUUUAUAAGUAACCACGUAAUAACAAUGGGUUAAGUAAAAGCUAAAUUAUUUACAACAACGAAGCUUUGCUCAUCUAUCUAAGAAAGAGUUUAGAAUAAUUGGAUUAUAUAUAAACUGCUGAAUCCAUCGUUAAAGUGGUUGGUUCGACUCAUUCAGCUAAUGGGUUCACAUUUUGCGUUGCAUUUGAAUCAUCCUUAAAUUCAAAUAAUGUGAAUAUUGAGGAAGACAUAAUGUAUGAAUUGGAUAAAUUAAGAGAUACAUCUUUAUUUAAGUUUUACAAUAUUCCUCAAAAGACUAAGUAUUCUCACAUCGCUUAAAAUUUCAUUGGGAUUAACUAAGUGUAACAUAAUAGAUAGAAAAUAAAUCCUUUAAUAAAUAAAAACCUUACAAAAGAGAUUAAAAUAACAUCUUAAAAUGAGAAUGAUACCAACUUAUCUCGUUAUGAAGCAUGUCAUCAUUGCAAAAUGCUAUUUAGGGAAGAAUACUUAAUAUCUUGUAAUUAUCGAAGUGGAACUAUGGGAUUGCCAAUCAUAAAUUCAUCAAUAACUGAUUCAUAUAUAUUUUCAUAGAUUGAUGAUGAAGGGAUAGCAAGUCGAAGAUAAGUACCAAAUAGAAAGAAAACAGCCUAUAGUAUUUAUUCAAAGAAAAAUGGCGAAUUAAUAUGUCAAAGGAAGUUCUGUAGAAUGUGCUUGAAGUAGAACUAUGAUAUUAAAAUCGAAGAGGUUGCUUAGAAGACGGAUUGGGUAUGUCCCUUUUGUUAAGCAAUUUGUUUUUGUUCGAGAUGCCAGAGGAAUGAUAUUAUGAUCAAGUUGAAAGAUUUAUUUACAAUUUGUGGUGGAGAUCUUGAGUAAUUAACCAAAGAUUCAAUUUUUGAGAAAUAUGUUAGACCUUUGACUGAGGAGUAGAUAUAUAAACGGAAGCCAAGUUAAUUAUAAAGAACUGGUUAAUCAAUAGUCAAAUAACAAUUAAGCAACUUUAGAGAUAUGUAAACUAUAAGGCUUGAUUUUGAAAAUCUUAGAUUGUUGUGCUCUUCGAUAUUGAGGAGGGAGAAAAUGAAAUGGAAAAUAUUAGAAUAAGAUAUUCUUAUGUGGAAUGAGUACAUCAAAUCAAAUUAAAGCAAGAAUCAAAAGAAUAUUCAAAAGAAUAGCAAACUGUAAUCGAAAACUAAGUAGAUCACAAAGAAAAUUAAGAAAUAGGAGAUUGACUAAGAAUUUUCACCAUCACCCUAUUCUAGCAGUAGCGAGUAUUUAUAAAGUAGCGAAUAUGAAUCUGGUGAAAAUCUAAACUAAAUUGAGAAGGAACAGUAGAUAACUAAAUCGAAAUAGAAAAUGAAUAUAAAAUCUAAUUCAAAAUAGAAAAAAUAGAAAUAACAAUCAAUAAAUUAGAUAUUAUAGAAUUAUAAGUCUUUUCCAGCUAAAAAUCUCAAGAGAGAAGUUGCCUAUCUUUUGUAAUUUCAAGAUACUGAUACUUACAGUUUGAUACUUAAAAAAAUCAAAUAGGAUCAAACAAAGAACCCAUCCAGGAGAUGA